CCUCUUUCUUUCUUUCCCUAGAUUUUUCCCCAGAAACAAACGCCCACCCCACCUCUUCAAUUUACUAACUUUUCUGUAUUUUCGUUUCGUUUUCCUAAUUUAUUUUGUGGGUUCUGAUUUUGUUUUAUGGGUUGUACCAGCUCCAAGCUGGAUGAUCUACCGGCGGUCGCACUGUGCCGUGACCGCUGCAAAUUCCUCGAUGAGGCAAUUCACCUGAGAUUUGCUUUUGCCGAGGCUCACCUCGCCUAUGUCCAGUCGCUCAAGGUUAUUGGAGCUUCCUUGCAUAACUUUAUCGAGCAAGAUUUCAAUGGCGGAGCUGGGGAGUUUUUUCCCUCGCCGAAGCUCAAUCUUCCUCCGAAAAGAAAAGGAGAUCCGAUUGGUGAAGAGGGGGCCAAUUCUUCUCAUGGAAAAGCUCUUCACUCCCACUCAAAUUCCGGCUCUCACCUCAAUUUCCACUCAGAUUCUGAGGAUGAUGAAGACGAUUCAGACGCUCACUCGCUUCACCACUCUGGACACUCCUCUCCGCUGCAUCACACUCAAAUUGGAGACUACGAUAUGAUUCCGAACCAAGAGGCUGUGGAGGCGUAUCCUGGUGGAUUUCCGGGCGGGUUUAUGCAAAUGAACUAUAUGAAGAAACAUACCACGCCGUCGGUUGUGUACCAACAGAAACCUAUGAGUCCCGAAACUGUUUAUUACGGCGAAUCUUCUGCUUCUACGUCCUAUAAGCAGCAGUAUCCGUACUCAGCCGACAAUUCUAAUCAGUAUUCUUCCUUUGGGUAUCCGAAUUAUGGGGGUGGCGGUGGAUAUUAUGGCUCGGCGGAGCCUCCCUACGGAUCCUCUCCUCGGAUUCAGGCAGAAGCUUCUUCUUCAAAGCCGCCACCGGCGCCGCCUUCUCCACCUAGAGCAUCAGCUUGGGAUUUCCUGAAUCCGUUCGAGGGCUAUGACAAGUAUUAUUCAGCAUACACGCCGAGCCGGGACUCGAAGGAAGUGAGGGAAGAAGAGGGGAUUCCUGAUUUGGAAGACGAGGAGUACCAACACGAGGUUGUUAAGGAAGUACAUGGUGAUCAGAAGUUUGUUGCUGACGGUGGCGGGCCAAGGAAGCACUCAAAAUCUGCAGUGGAAGAAGAAGAUGAGGAUGAGGAGGUGGGCAGUGGUGGUGGGGAGGCGUCUCUUUACCAGACAAGGCCUAGUGUUGAAAGUAGAGGGAUGGAGUAUGAGGUGCACGUCGUGGAGAAGAAGGUUGUGGAUGAUGAGAGGGCAGAAGAGCGUGCCAGAGGUGGCAAUGCUGGUAGAGGUAGAGUGAGAGACGUGUCUGAGGUGGCAGUGGAAAUCAAGUUUCAGUUUGAGAGAGCGUCGGAGUCCGGCAAUGAGAUUGCGAAGAUUCUUGAAGUGGGAAAGCUCCCCUACCAGCGUAAACACACAGUCUCUUCCAAGAUGUUGCAUGUGGUUACUCCCUCACUAUCAGUGAUAUCCUCACAACCAUCUACUUCCAAAGCUGUUGAGUCAUCAUCCUCCACUGACAAGGCUACUCCGGCAUAUUUGGAAAUUGAGGAAGAACUGGCAAUCAGGACAAAAAAUCUUUCCUCCACUCUGCAAAAGCUUUACCUUUGGGAGAAGAAACUGUAUAAUGAAGUUAAGGCUGAGGAAAAGAUGCGGGUAGUUCAUGACAGAAAAUGUGAAAAGCUGAAGCGUUUGGAUGAAAGAGGUGCUGAGGCUCAUAAGGUUGAUUCAACGCGUAGCUUAAUAAAAAGUCUAUCAACAAAAAUGAGAAUUGCAAUUCAAGUCGUUGACAAGAUUUCAGAGACCAUAAAUAAGAUUAGGGAUGAAGAGCUAUGGCCACAGCUAAAUGAAUUAAUUCAAGGGUUAACUAGGAUGUGGCAAGGUAUGCUUGAAUGCCAUCAUACUCAGUCCCAAGCUGUGAGAGAAGCCAGAAAUUUAAGUCGCCUUGGUAGCAGCAGGAAGUUGAGUGAUGCUCACCUUGAAGCCACUUUGCGGCUUGAACAUGAGCUUCUAAACUGGACUUUUAGGUUCUCCAGUUGGAUAAGAGCUCAGAAAGGUUAUGUGAGAGCCCUGAAUAACUGGCUUAUGAAAUGUCUUCUUAAUGAGCCAGAAGAGACAGAAGAUGGCAGACCACCCUUUUCACCUGGUAGGAUAGGAGCGCCCCCCGUGUUUGUGAUAUGUAAUCAGUGGUCUCAAGCUUUAGACAGGAUAUCUGAGAAGGAAGUGGUUCAGUCCAUGCGCAUUUUUGCCAUGAGUGUGUUUCAGCUCUGGGAACAUGACAAGCUUGCAAUGCGGGAAAGGAUGAUGGCAAACAAUGAUUUAGAGAGGAAAGUAAGGAACUUGGAUAGGGAGGAUCAGCGCAUACAAAAGGAGAUUCAAAUGCUCGAUAAAAAAAUAAUUCUGGCUGAUGGGGGUAACAGUCUUUCUGUAUCUGGACAUGCUGUAUUUCAAAGUGACACUAGCAGUGGUAAUCUGCAGGGGAGUUUGCAACGCAUUUUUGAGGCCAUGGAGAGAUUCACAGCUGACUCCAUGAAAGCAUACGAGGAACUCUUGCAACGCAGUGAAGAAGAAAUGCAUGCGCAAGAAAGUGAGAGUGAUUCAUAGGGCUUUGUAUCUAAAUGCUUUCUCAGUAUCUUCAGCUUGUAGUGUCAUCAAGAAAUUCUGGACUCUGAGGAUGUUUACCGCGCUGCAUCACAAUGUUCCAGAAAGCAGGCUUGGUCGAAUAUAUGUGAACUACCCACUGAUUAAGCCCCAUUAUGAACUGCUCAGCUGGGUGCUUGUCUUUUGCCUGGAGAAAGUCUGUUGUGCCUAGUACAAAAUGUUGUGUACCAACUCAGGAGUGUAAAAGAUCUCGUGUCAAAACUAGCACUAGCGCAUUGGUGAAGGUGAAGCACCUUAUUUGUUUGAUGAUGCAGAUACUGAAGCCGAUACUGGGACAUCAUGCCCACAAAUAAGUCAUUCGUGACUCAAACCGUGGCCCUGAAGCGAUUGUGCUUGGUCUAAAGAGGUUUGAGAUCCUGCUUCUGCAGAUGAAAAGGGUGCAGGGAAAGUGAAAAACUCAUCUUCAAAAAUUCACAGGAUAAGCAGAUUUCUUCGAAGUUUUGUAGGUUAAUUGGGCUGACGCAAGUCAUCGAUUAGCCCAAAUAUCUUAUGUUGUUGUAUAAUAGAAUAAUACUAGGAUUUGAGAAUUUCAAAUGUGUGAAGAUUGUAAAAAGAAACAUAUACAUCUUUCCACCUCAAAACUUGGUAUAUAUGAUGGGCGCUAUUUUGUUUUUCUGGA